AUGGCCACCCUUCGUUCAGCCAUGAAACACGGCGACAUUGUAAUCGAGGCUGAUGCCGUAACUCGAGUUAGCCCCAUCGCGAGUGGAACAUACGGCGAGUUAUUUCUUGGGAGACAUGAGACUCUUGGACUCGUUGCCAUGAAAACGUUAUACACAGCCGAGAAAUUACGCACCGAAGAAUUGGACCGAAUUGAAGCCCAAAUUAAGUCGCUAAUUGCCAUAGCAACGGGUCCGAAUUUAGUACCGAUACAUGGGUUCAUUAGGCAACACGACAGUUAUUCGAUCGUUCUAGACUAUAUGAAGCAUGGAUCGCUCAGACAGCUGCAGAAUACAUCGUCAACUCGUGUACCUGUUUCCCUCAAGUAUCGAAUGGUAGACGAGAUGCUGGCAGCAAUGACGUAUCUCCAUGAAAACUGCGUGGUGCACGGCAAUCUGAAACGGGACAACAUUUUAAUUGAUGAUGAUUUUCAUGUCAAGAUAAGUGACUUCAGUAUCACGACUGUAGAAGCAUUUUUUUCCAGUUGCUAUAGUAAUGAUAAUAAUAACAAGAAAAGACGUUCUUCCAGAAAUAUGAGUAUAAUCCCGCCUGAAUUCUUGAUCGAUCCAACCCGUCCACUCGAUAAUGUAUAUGAUAUUUACAGUUUUGGUAUCGUGCUCUGGGAGCUGGUGACUGGAUUAGAGAGCUACCCAUCAACUGACAACCAUCAUGAUGGGCACCUUAUAUCUGCCGUUUGCCAAGGAAGCCGGCCAGACCUAAGUUCUAUUCCCGAAGACUGUCCUACAAUACUCUCGCGCAUAAUGCAGGAGUGCUGGGACGUGGAUCCGGAAAAACGACCGCCUUUUCAUGAUUUGCAUCGACAUGUUGACCAGGAGUACAAUAAUGUAUAUGCAUCGAAUGUAGAGAAUGCAGUGUUGGGUCUUCGCACGGCACUGUCGAAAAACUCGCACGAUAAUCAAAGAACCGAUGGUACAUCCCGCCCAACGUAUCUUGCUGUUUCGUUGAAAAACAAGCCAGACAGCGAUUGCAAGAAAACUGUUACUUUUAAGUUCGACCAGGACGACAAUUCAACAAAAGAUGCGAGAGUAACUGAAACUGACGGUGUAAUGCAACUGGAAAAUACUCAAUUAAAACAGUGUGUGAUUACAUCAAUUGACAGCGAAUGUUCCUCGACGAAAACAGAAAAAUGUUCAACUCCAUUAGAAACGUCGGAACUGAGUCAAGUUUUGUUCGGACUAUUAGCGAUGGAAGAGCCCGUCCAAGACAGCAAACCGUCAAUAAAAACGCACUACGAUACGGAUACAAAACCAACGCAUGGAGAUAAUGGCCGAGCACGGAACAACGGAACUGUUGUCGGGUCACAGCUCAACGUCAAGUUCUCAGAUUCCUGCGUUGACAAAAAGACGACGGAAAAACAGCGAAGUGUGUUAAUUAGAUCGGUAUCACAUGGCGAAGAAAGGGAGAAAGUUUUUCCGAAGCAGAAAAGAUCUGGAAGCGGCAUUCGUGGUGGUCAAACAAUCGAUCCCUGCCCCGGGCUCAAAGUGCGUACAGUUUCGAGGAAGGACAGAAGCGUUCGUCUUUAA